GUGUGCAUAUGCAUUGCAUAUACUUUAUUCAAUCCAUGUUAUAAGAAGUGUAACAUCUCUCUGUGAGGAUAUCACAUGAUUUUGAGGAGGAAACAGCAGUUAUAAAGAAAAAUGUCUGAUCCAUGCAACUGUCUUGCAACCGGGAAAUGUCUGUGCGCAGACUCCUGCCCAUCGAGUGGAUGUAGAUGUGGGGGCGGAUGUAAAUGUGGACCCAGCUGCAAGUGUCCCGGAUGUAAAGUCAAAUGCAAUUGUAACGGAACUUGCGCUUGCGGAAAGGGCUGUACCGGACCUCAAUCCUGUAAAUGUACCGACAGUAACUGCGUCUGCAAAAAGUGACUGCCUGGUCACGUGUCAGAAUUUCAUUGUAACGAACAAAUUAAAUGCAUAAUAUUCCAUAA